AUGGAUCCCAUGGUGACAGGCGACAUUAGGUCACUGUUAGUUCGGCGCAAUUGCCUGAAUUAUGGGUUUUUCUUCCUAGCCCUGCUCUAACUGCAAGGCCUUUGCAGACGUGACGUGCGCUAGCUGCAUUAUUGAAAUACCCAACGGCCCAGCGACCCUGAUCCAGCAUUUCGCACAUCCAACGUCACCUCAUUCAACCCCAGGUUCACCCGUCGCGUGCAAACUUGCCCCCCACGAUGAAGAUCUCCGCUGUGUCUGCCAUUGCCGUCUUGGCCUCCAGCGCCUCUGCUUGCUGGCCCGAGGCUGAGGGCAAGUCCAUCAAGUAUACUGCGGUUCCCGGCUAUUUCUUACAAGAUGACGCGAACACCAACGUUACCGGCUUCGACUAUGCUGACCACAACUUUGGCCUCAUCGACAGAAAGUAUCCCACGGAUCGCAAGUUCGAUCCCAAAGGCACCAAGAAGCCAUGGGAGCGCUUCGCCAACUGGGUCAAGUACCUCAACAACAACUGCCAGAAGGACAGCAACGUCCGCUAUAAGGUCUUGGUGAUGGGCCGCCACGGCCAGGGCUUCCACAAUGCUGCUGAGAGCUACUACGGAACGCCUGCCUGGAACUGCUACUGGGCUGAGCUCAAUGGCAACGGCACCUCUGUCUGGGCCGAUGCCAAGCUGACCUCUGCUGGUAUCGCCGAGGCCACAAAAGCCAACAAGUACUUCAAAAGCCGCUUUGAACAGGAGGGCAUGCCCUACUUUGAAUCAUACUACAGCUCGCCUCUUACACGCUGUCUCCAGACGGCCAACAUCACGUUUGGCGACAUCAACUUCCCCUCCACCCAUCCUUUCGCUCCCGUCAUCAAGGAGAACUUCCGCGAGUCCAUUUCGAUCCAUACCUGCGACCACCGUUCCACCAAGAGCGAGAUCCAUCAGCUUGUUCCCAACUUUAGCUUCGAGGACGGUUUCACGGAGAAGGAUGAGCUCUGGCGCCGCGUCGAAGGCGAGACGUCCGAUGGUCAGUUUGCCCGCAACCAGGUCGUCUUGCAGGACGUCUUCACCGAGGAUGAGUCUACGUGGAUCAGCAUCACUGCUCACUCUGGCGAGAUUGCCAGUCUCUUGAGCGUUCUCAACCACCGCAAGUUCAGCUUGUCCACCGGUCAGAUUAUCCCGGUGCUGGUCAAGGCCGAGGUUGUAUCACCCACCGUUACCAAGCCUGUGGUGUCCUUUACUCCCGAAGCCACCUGCAAUGCUCCUCCCGUGACCAGCAUUAGCGGCCAGGGCUGCGUCUGUUCGCAGACCGGUGUUGCUUCUUCUCCCAGUGCUACUUCCACAGCAUAAAUGACGGCUAAGAACCGAAAAAAAGAAAAAAAUACCGCCGCACGCCAAUCCUCGGUGUAAAUAGAUAGGCGGCGACAUACAGAAUGCGGCGCUUGUGGCGUCCCACCCGGCUAUUUUUUUGAAAACAACGACUGUAUAAUGACCCAAGUCAUGAAUAAAAAAAAUCUGCAUAAACUUUGUUUUAAUUUUCCCAGAGUAUGACGCAUAGCAUUUGUAGAGAAAUGCGCCCUUGAUAAACUAUAGACAGCAUUUCCGUCCG